GCACCCACGGAACGGUCUUUUUGUUAAGACAAUUCCUCAGCUCUUACUACUAACUCGCAGGUUGUUUGAGAGGACGGAAGUCAUACCACAGUCAAGAUGCCUUCAGAAGCCGGUCACCGACUAUACGUCAAGGGACGUCACCUGAGCUACCAGCGCUCUCGUCACACCACCCGCCCUGCUACCAGCCUGAUCAAGAUCGAGGGUGUUGACGACACCAACGCCGCCAACUUCUACCUCGGCAAGAAGGUCGCUUUCGUCUACCGUGCCCAGAAGGAGAUCCGUGGCACCAAGAUCCGCGUCAUCUGGGGCAAGGUCACCCGUCCUCACGGAAACUCUGGCGUCGUCCGCGCCAAGUUCACCUCUCCUCUCCCCACCAAGUCUUUCGGUGCUUCCGUUCGCGUCAUGUUGUACCCUUCGUCGAUAUAAAAAAAGGGCUUCGGGCUGGAGUUGGUAGUGAGGGGCGGUUCUCAUUUGGCUGCAUUGGUCGAGGCAAGGAUAAAACAAACUGCCUUGCUUUGAGGCAUUCAAUUCAAAAAGACGUCAAAUCCCAACCCCGAAAAGGGCUCUUCGCACCUGAGCUACUCGUUUUUGAUGAUAUAACUUGAUCUCCCUUUCAUGCAACGGUUAUCGGAAAUCGAUCCUGUCCACUGGGAGGGGAGCUUCAGCGAUGAAACACUUUCUGGUGGUUGGGAUUCGGGACCGGUGUUUGGAACUACGGUCGUGAAUAGGGUACAAGCGAAUCAUCGAUGAAAUGCCAGGUCCAGGGCCUCUAUUACGGCAGUACACAACGUCCCUGAAAGCUGGAUUGUGAUUUGACUCGUAUGGAGAAAUUUUGAGCCAUGGUUGGCGUCUAAUGAUGAAUCAGAAAUGUCUAUUGAAACCACACAACACAGCACAUGACAAUAACCACUUUGAUGGCCCAACUCGUUCCCCAUUUGACAGUCGCAUACAUCCAGUGGUCUGCGCCGGGUUGCCUCCAUGUGCUCCAUUGCGAUGUGAUACCUUGCCAUUCUCCUCCUGU